GGCGGAGCCUCUGCCGUAACAGCCGUGUUGUCUCUUCCCGCACGCACCCGCGCCCCGCCUGCUGCGGCCCCUAUCUCCGCGCCUUCAGCCCCCAGCCUGCAGCUUUGUGCUGCCGUGGGGCCGGGGGUACGCGUGACUCUCGUCUACGCUGUGAAGGGUGUGUCUCCCGCAGCCAAAGGUGCAGAACGGGGACUCCCCGGCCUCAGAGCCACUGCUCCCGCUUUCUCUUAGUAGUCACGAACGCCAUCCGCACGGGAAGCCCCCUGCGACUGGCGCGAUGAGUGCCAACGAAGACCAGGAGAUGGAACUGGAAGCAUUACGUUCUAUAUAUGAAGGAGAUGAAAGUUUCCGGGAAUUAAGUCCAGUUUCAUUUCAAUAUAGGAUAGGUGAAAAUGGUGAUCCCAAAGCCUUCUUAAUAGAGAUUUCCUGGACAGAAACAUAUCCCCAAACACCUCCAAUUAUAUCUAUGAACGCUUUUUUUAACAACACCAUAUCCUCAGCUGUAAAGCAGAGCAUAUUAGCCAAGUUACAGGAAGCAGUGGAAGUUAAUCUUGGCACUGCUAUGACCUACACGUUGUUCGAAUAUGCCAAGGACAAUAAAGAACAGUUCAUGGAGAACCACCAUCCUGUUAAUUCUACGACAUCUAUAAGCAAUAUUAUCUCAGUUGAAACUCCCAAUAUAGCCCCAUCAAGUAAGAAAAAAGACAAAAGAGAACAACUUUCAAAAGCCCAGAAACGUAAGCUGGCAGAUAAAACAGAUCACAAAGGAGAACUUCCUCGAGGAUGGAACUGGGUUGAUGUGGUGAAGCAUUUAAGCAAAACUGGCUCUAAAGAUGAUGAAUAGCAUUCGGAAUUUGAGACAAGGGAAGAACGUCCUUUAAAAAGUAAACCGAGUUCCAAAUCUUCCAUUACUCUUUUUCUGGUAUUGAGGUGGCUUUUUAUAAAACAAUUUUUUUGUAUGUUUCUACAUAAAAAAUGUUUGAAGCUGAAAGUUCAUGAAGAAAUUUGGUUGUGUUAUUUUCACAAACUUGCCUUAAUAAAAGGUGAAAAUGUUACUGUUUAGUAUAUUUUCUGAAGCCUCUUGAGCUUUGUCAAUGGACAAAUGUGGAGAAUAAUAAAUAAUCAAUGUAAUUUAUAUCAUCUUAUUCUAGUGGAUGUGAUUUCUUUUUUUAAAGAAAUACAAAGCCCUUUUCAAACUCUUGUCCCAAUGGAGCAGAAUACUGAGUGAACAAUUAUUCCACAGCACGAUCCAUAUUAAUAGGCUUCUGAUUUUAAUAAAGUCUUCAUCUCUUUUUCCUCUUAAUUACUGAAGCAUAAAUUGCUUCAGAGAAAUUUAAAUACUGGUAUUUGAACUUUAUACAUAAUAUUCUUUGUAGUUCCUUUUUUUUUCCAAGGGUGAACUAUUUUUCUUUAAUAAAUGAAUAUCUAUUUAUACUUUCUUUUGGUUUGGGUUACGAUGUUUCAUCAUGAAAGCUUUCAGUGGUAUGUGUAAUAGGAGAAUAUAAAAACAAAUCUGCCAAAUACAUUAGAAAGCAUCUGAAUAGAAGUGCUGGUUCCUAUUUAAAAUAUUUCUCUUUGCUGCAUAUACCAAGAUGGGAAUAAAAGAUGCCUUAAUAUUUAAUUUUUGUAUUGUUGGAGACAGUGGUUAUAAUAAAUUUCUAUUUACCUGCUAUUGUGUAUUUUUUAGUUGUUUAGUAACUGAGGUCUUCUAAAUGAUUGAACAUAAAGCCACAUUUCAAGUUUUAUUUCUUUUCAGGUAGUCAAAUGUAUUUCUCAAUCCGAGCAUCUUUGUAAUAAUAGACAUAGAAGUAUUUUAGAUGUUGAACUGUGGUACAUGCUUAAUUUUUUUUUAAAUCAUUAAUAGAGGAAGCUAUUAGCGCAGUUUUACCAGGGAGUUAUUGAUGUUUUAUGUGCGAUUUACAGUGAUUCUGUAUAUGCUCCCCAGCUUCAAAAAUACUUAGAAUUACUGCUGUGGUAUCUAGAAGAGUAGAUUGUUGGUUUCUCAGUUACACCUGUAUAGCUUGGGUCAAGUUUUUAAAGAAUAAUCAACUUGUAAAGAAGUUUCCUUAGCAAUAAGAGCAAUUUGAGUUGUAUUCAUGGUUUUUACUGAGUUAUUUUAACAUUGGCUUCGGUUAGAUCAUUUAAAGUACAAAGUAAGUGUGAUUAUGAUGAAGAAGUUUAAUAAAAGCUGAGUCACAUUUUAUGUCUUGAAUUAAUACAAUAGAGAUAGGUUAAAAUUCAGAGUCAUUGGAAUAUGCCGACUUGUUUUGGGGUUCGUGUGUAGUUUUUGAUGUGUUGAUUUGCUUUUUUUUUUUUUAAAGAAACUGCUACAUCUGCUAGUAGAAGAAAAUACUUUGUUUUGUUCUGAAGAUUCUAAAAUCGUUCACGCUUAUCAUGGUUCAUACAGAGAAUAAUGCUAGUAAAAUGCCAAUGAAGUAUUUUUACUCUUUUUUAAAUGAAAUUUUGGGGGUGAUGGUGGCAAUGGUGCCUCUUACUACCUUAUGUAAAACACUUGAAAUUCUCUCAUCAAUAUUGUCAUCAUCUGUGUAACACUCCCAAGUAUAUUUUCUCGAAAUCUGUUUACUUAAAAUUGUAUGGAAUGACAUAAUUAAUAAGCAAUAAAAUCUCAAUUACAGUGA